AUGGGAAUCGGCUUCAGGUCUCUGGGGGCGGUGCGUUGCUACGGAGGAAGUUUGGUUGAUUCUGCAGCGGAGCCACACAGCACAGCAGCAGCGGAUACAUUACGGACUGAACCUGGACUGAUCUGGGUCUUCGAGGGGGGCUCAGCCAUGAACAAGCUACGGCAGAGUUUCCGUCGAAAGAAAGAUGUGUACGUCCCGGAAUCGAGCCGACCGCACCAGUGGCAGACAGACGAGGAGGCGGUCCGCAGUGGAAAGUGCAGUUUUGCAGUCAAGUACCUGGGACACGUGGAGGUGGAGGAGUCCAGAGGCAUGCACAUCUGUGAAGACGCAGUGAAGCGGCUCAAAACGGACAGGAAAUUCUUCAAAGGAUUCUUUGCAAAAACAGGGAAGAAGGCGGUCCGUGCCGUGCUGUGGGUGUCGGCAGAUGGGCUCAGAGUUGUAGACGACAAAACAAAGGAUUUGAUCUUGGACCAGACGAUAGAGAAAGUGUCGUUCUGCGCUCCAGACCGAAACUUUGAGAAGGCCUUUUCCUACAUCUGCAGAGAUGGCACAACGCGACGCUGGAUCUGCCACUGCUUCAUGGCCAUCAAAGACUCUGGUGAGCGUCUGAGUCAUGCGGUGGGUUGUGCAUUCGCUGCCUGUUUAGAGCGGAAACAGAAGAGGGAAAAGGAGUGUGGCGUCACAGCCACCUUUGAUGCCAACAGGACAACCUUCACCCGGGAGGGGUCAUUUAGGGUCACCACGGCAACAGAGGCAGCAGAGCGAGAAGAGGUGAUGAGGCAGCUCCAGGACACUAAGAAAGACCCUGAACCCAAAGUCAUUUUGAAUUCCAUCAGUGGUGUGACAAACGCCUCCUGCACCCUUUCAGUGGGCUCCUCCUCCCCUUCCUCGUCUCCUCCUCUCUCUGUGGCUGGCCUGGGUCCUCAAGUGAUCCCACGGCGACAUGCCACAGAAGACGCUCUAGCUCGACAAUACUCUUUCAGAGGAUUCCCCGCCCUGAGCAAUUCCUCACCAUUCAAGCGAGUGCGAUCCCUGCGCAUGAACGACCUGCCUUCCACUCAGCAGAGAAAGUCUGACUUCUCCAUAAACAACACAGUCCCUGAGGUGGAGGACGAGAGCAUCAGUUCUCUGUGCACUCAGAUCACCUCUGCGUUCAGUGGGCCUCCAGAGGACCCCUUCUCCUCUGCCCCAAUGCCCAAACCAGCGUCCUCACCACAGUCUCCUGUCGCCCCAGUGAAUGGCACUGCUCCUGCCUUCUCCAUGGCUGCUGCUGUUUCUAUUAUUCCCCCUGCACUGCCCCCUGCACUGCCCGCACGGGACACUAACCCCUGGGCUAAGACCCCGGCAGCAGCUCCUGGCGUCCAACUACAGACCGGUGCUGCAGACUGGGCGUCCCCUGCUCCAGUCUUAGUGGGGCCCCCUUCGGCCUCUCCUGUCUUGGCGUCCCACAGACGCACUCCGUCGGAGGCCGACCGAUGGUUGGAUGAAGUCACCAGAUCUGUCCAAGCCCCUCUGCCCCCUGGCCCGCAGCCCAACCCCCUCAUGUCCUCUGCACCUCCCCCUCCCGCUCAGCCCUUCAUUGCGGCUGUCCCGAUGCCACUCGCUCCCACCGCUCCUGUUGCGUUCAUGCCCUCUCUGCCCCCUCCCGUCCCUAUGAUACCCCCUCGCCAACCGGUUUUCAACACCCCUGCUCCUGCCCCUUACCCCAUCUCCAACGGCCUGUCCUUCCCCCAGCCCAGCGUUCCUGUUGUGGGCAUCACCCCUUCGCAAAUGGUGGCAAACGUUUUUGGUUCAGCCACACAAACACAAUCGUUCCCAGCACCUGUCAUUCCUCCACAGGACAUCCCGGUGAUGAAUACCCCCAACAUCAGCCCAUUCAUCAAGCCUCCACCGUCUGUUAUAAUUGCACCACAACCUUCUAACGGCAGCGUCACAUUCAAUGGAGCAGAGAACUGGGCAAAUCAAAGUCAAAUCCCCCAUUCUUCCCCUGUGAUCCAGCCCGCCGAAGCGCCGCAGGAAGAUGCCUUUGAGGCUCAGUGGGCGGCGCUAGAGAGCAGCGGUGUGGCUUUGGAUAAUCACGCAAAGGGAAAUGCUGUUAUUGUCCAAGCUGCAAAUCAAGUAAAGUUUCAUUUGCUUUUAGUCACACUAAAGCACUUUUGUACUCUGCGGACAGUCCUCAACAGAGGGCUGCUGGCCUGGAGGAUUUACCGCAGUAGGAGAAGGAGGCUGCCUUCCAACCACAAGGCAGCAGAACCUGUGACGCUGCCCCUCGCCUCUGCAGAAGACCUUACCCCUGUGGAGCUGAAGAAAUCUACCACAUGUGUAGAGGAGGAGGUGAAAGCAGUGGAGGCCUCUGUCGUAUUGUUACCAUCGUGUGAACAGACUCUGUGCGUGAGCCCUGUCACUGUGAGCUCUGAGCAGGAGUGGGAGCUGCUGUGGCCCCUCCUCCAGAAGGAGCUGUCAGACUUCCCUGUGUUGGGACUGGACUGUGAAUGGGUUUCUGUGAAGGGCAAAGCUUCGGCCGUGUCCCUCCUGCAGAUGGCGUCGUACACUGGUCGUUGUAUCCUCGUGCAGCUGCUCCAGUUUCAGCAGUCGUUUCCCUCCAGCCUCAUGCAGGUGCUGCGGGACCCCCACAUCCUCAAAGUGGGAGUGGGCUGCUAUGAAGACGGCCAGCGGCUAACACGAGACUACGGCCUGGCCUUGUCGUGUGCAGUUGAUCUGCGCUUCCUCGCUUUGAGACAGAAGAAGGCUACAGUGAACAACGGCCUGAGCCUGAAGUCGUUGGCUGCAGAUCUAUUGGACGUAACUCUAGACAAGUCUCUAGAGCUUCGCUGCAGCGACUGGGAAGCAAACCGCCUCACACCGGAGCAGGUGGGUUACGCAGCCAGAGACGCCCAGGUGUCCGUGGCGCUCUUCUUCUGUCUGCUCGGCUAUCAGUCUGAUGGUGGCGCCGUCUCGCCCAGUGGGAGCUCUUAUGCAGAGCUGGUAUCCCGCUGUCAAGGCCUGCUGGAUGUCCCCUUCAGAGGCCGAGGUGACGGGGAAGACAAGCCCGUCGACGGAGAGCGCAAACGUAAAACCAUCCGCAAAACCGUGGCCUACAUUAGCCCAGAGUCUGGAGAUCAACAAGUCCCAGACCCUCGACGUAAUAACAAGAGGAAACCGCUGGGUGUAGGCUACUCCGCCAGGAAGACUCCUUUGUAUGAUAACUGUUUUCUGCACGCGCCGGAUGGACAGCCACUCUGCACCUGCGACAAGAAGAAGGCAAAGUGGUACCUGGACAAGGGGAUUGGAGCGCUGGUGAGUGAAAACCCCUUCAUAGUGAGGCUGCUUUUUGAACCGUCGGGACGUCCGGACUCCCAACAGGACUACUACCUCACUGCGAAGGAGAACCUCUGUGUGGUCUGUGGGAAAGCAGACUCUUACAUUAGAAAGAACAUAGUUCCACACGAAUACCGGCGCCACUUCCCCACGGAGAUGAAGGACCAUAACUCCCAUGACAUCCUGCUGCUGUGCACCAGCUGCCAUGCAGCCUCAAACGUGCAUGACGGCUUCCUGAAGCAGGAGUUGGCCGAUGAGUUCUCAGCUCCUCAGGGCUGCGAGGAGGGGGUCCGGCUUCACGAGGACACGGACCGCCGCAAGGUCAGGUCGGCUGCUCGGGCUCUCCUCAGCGCUGGAGAUAGUCUGCCAGAGUCCAGGAGGAAAGAGCUGGAGGAGAUGAUCAAGAACUACCUGAACAUGAACCUGGAUGAAGCACUGACGCCUGAGACUGUGAACCAGGCCGCCAGUCUGGAGACCAGGAUCUUUAACGAAUCGUACAUCCCCCAUGGGCUAAAGGUGGUCCGGGCUCAGGCGGAGCGGGGUCUGGAGGGACUGAUGGAGUUGGAGCGGCGCUGGAGGCAACACUUCCUCAGCAGCAUGAGGCCUAAACACCUGCCGCCGCUCUGGUCAGUGGACCACAACCACAACAAGUUCCUGCGCAAGUACGGAGCAGACCUCCCCAUCAAACUCAACUGA